CAGUACGGUGGCGUUCUCUAGCGAGCUUUAAUUGCAAAAUGGCUGCCUCUGUCAGAUAAAUAUAUGCUCAGAGUGACAGUAGGAAAGGCUGAAAAUUAAACAAACUUUAUUGACGGUCGCGAUCUUGAAAAAUCGUCGGAUAAAUUCUUGAGCUCCUGAAAAAAAUAUUGGUGGAAAAUUUGAUGAUAUACACAAAACGGACAAUGCCACACUGGCGGGAGUAGAAAUUCUUUAAGCGAUUAUCGCUGCUAGCAUGGAAAAAAGAGGAAGCGCCGAGCUUCUCGGCGCUGAGCACAAUUCAAAAAAUGCAAGCUCCGAUUCACUCAAUUCGGAUAGCAAAAGUAGUUCGCUCAAUUCCAAAAUGGGACAAGAAUCGGAGAGUUGGGAAAAAGCAUCUCGUUCUAAGAGUUUUUCCACCAGCUCCACUUCCACCGAUAAUAAUAUUGUAUCCGCUCUCGAAGCGAAAAAAGAAAUCGAUGGGAAAGUGAGUCCGAAUUUAUCAGGAGGAGAUACCGGACCGCCAUUAUUGAAUGGAGAAAGAAAACAAGGAGUAGCUCGUGAAGUGACAUAUCUCUGCCCUUAUUCGGGUCCAGCCCGAGGAGUUUUGAGCGUUACAAAUUAUAAGCUACACUUUCGUAGCAUCGAUCGGGAAACUCCUCAUAUCGUCGAAGUUCCUUUGGGUGUCGUUAGUCGUAUUGAAAAAGUCGGCGGCGCUUCGAGCCGUGGUGAAAAUUCAUACGGCAUCGAAGUUUUUUGCAAGGACAUGAGAAAUCUGCGCUUCGCCCACAAACAGGAAAAACACUCGAGACGCGAUGUUUUUGAGAAAUUACAACAGUAUUCUUUUCCACUAUCUCACAAACUCCCUCUUUUCGCCUUUGAAUACUCGGAAAACUUUGCUGAGAACGGUUGGAACGUUUAUGAACCAAUCGCCGAACUCAAACGGAUGGGUGUAAACAACGACAUGUGGAAGAUUUCGAAGAUAAACGAUGCGUACAACGUGUGCGAUAGUUAUCCAGCAAUUUGGGCGGUUCCAGCGGCGGCGAACGACGAUGACCUACACGCGUCGGCCGCGUUUCGAAGUCGCGGACGACUCCCUGUUCUAUCUUGGAUACACCCGGAGAGUCAAGCGACAAUCACGCGAUGUGCCCAACCGUUGGUUGGUGUAAGUGGAAAAAGAAGUCGAGAGGAUGAGAGAUACGUUCAACUCAUUAUGGACGCCAAUGCUCAGAGUCACAAACUUUUUAUAAUGGAUGCAAGGCCAAUGACUAAUGCUGUUGCAAAUAAAGCCAAAGGCGGAGGAUACGAGAGCGAAGAUGCGUAUCAAAAUGCCGAACUGGUUUUCCUUGAUAUUCAUAACAUUCACGUUAUGCGAGAGUGUCUCAGAAAACUAAAAGAAUUAUGUUUUCCGACGAUCGACGAAGCUCGAUGGUUAUCGGGGAUCGAGUCGACGGUUUGGUUGAAGCAUAUCAAAUGUAUUCUUGCCGGGGCUGUUAGAAUAGUCGAUAAAGUCGAAAAUCACAAAACUUCGGUCCUCGUUCACUGUUCUGAUGGUUGGGAUCGAACGGCACAGCUCACAGCUCUUGCGAUGUUGAUGCUCGACCCUUACUACAGAACGAUCAAAGGUUUCGAAGUGCUUAUAGAAAAAGAAUGGUUGAGCUUUGGUCACAAAUUUCAACAGAGAAUCGGUCACGGCGACGAACAUCAUAGCGACGCCGAUCGAUCGCCAGUUUUUCUACAAUUUAUCGAUUGCGUAUGGCAGAUAAGCCAGCAAUUUCCCAACGAUUUUCAAUUCAACGAACAUUUUCUCAUCACAAUACUCGAUCACCUUUAUUCCUGUCGAUUUGGCACGUUCCUUUUCAGCAGCGAACGGGAGAGAGUUCAGGAACAAGUGAAGCAACGAACGGUUUCUUUGUGGUCCUAUACGAACAGUCAGUUGUCUCUUUAUCAGAAUCCAUUGUACAGAGCCGGACCUCAUUAUCACCUUGUGCUUAUACCGAUUGCGAGCAUGAGGCACAUUAAACCAUGGAAAAGUUUGUACUGCCGAUGGAAUCCUAGUAUGCGGCAACAGGAUCCUGUUUAUCAACGUACGAGAGAACUUCUAGUCUUGAAAGAGCAGCUGGAGAAGCAAGUGGAGGAAGGAAAGAGGGAGCAACAGUUACGAGCCAAUAGAUCAUUGACGAGUGCCGCGCCGCCCAGGAUACAUUCCCCGGUUCACUCAUAACCCGAGAAUCGCCCACAUCGGUCGAUACCAUUGAUCAAUCUCCAUUCACGAACAAUUGGCCUAACUGUCGUUCUGUAAAUGAAAAGAAACCCCGCACACUCGCGAAGCAACUAAAUCUUACUCUCGUCCGAUGAUAUAUGGGAGGGUCAGUGUUUUCGGUCCUUCCGACAGCGAGAGUUCGUUUUACGUCCUUUUUCCAUUUAGUAUCUUCGUUUUUUUUUGUUUUUUCGUCGACUGAAUUUAGUCUACACCGUGUACAAAGAUCCCGUUAAUAAAAACGAUUUAUAUUCGUGCA